UAAUACAUCUAAAUUGGCCCAAUGAAACAUAAUUACAGCAGAGGACAAAAGGCGACAAUAAAAUGGAUGGGUAGGUAAAUUAUGAGUGACCGGAGAAUCCCUUCAACUUCACGCCCGGAUCUGACCCAGUGAAAUACAUAAUUCGCGUCGGAGACUUCGUAAUAAAGGAGGCAAAAUCAUAUAAAAAGCCCUUACAGAAUAGCAGUCUUGUUUAGAUGUAUUGAAGGCUAUUGGCAGGACCUGUGUCAAACAAGAGUUUUCUUCAACGAUCGACAGUGUUUACCUUCUGAACAGAGCCUGUCCCGUUUUCACCUGUGCGCCGUUCUUUUAAUAAAGCACCUGUGCGUGUGUGUAUACAGCUAUAUAAGCUUCGACCCUCAGAUAGCACACAUUUAGACUUAGGGGGCGAGAGCUCCACGAUCGUAUUAAAUCCAUUAUUUUGUUUCAAAAAUAUUGAUUCAAAGGAUCAGUUUAAGCAAAAAACCUUGACGUGUGCGAAUUAGGUGCAUUUGGAAAGGAUAGAAGUUGAGUGAACUUCUUGCAUAAGUUAUUUUUUUUUCUAACCAUACACCAGGUUGUUUAAGCCUCGUGCUCCGAAUCCCGUGGAGUCAUUGAUGCUAAAAGCCGAGCCGGGAUACAGUGUAUUCAUAGUUUACAUGGAUGCGGGCCAGCGAUUGUAGCUCUAUAAAUGAAUAACCGAUUUUGCGGAAGAUAGAGGGAAGAGAAAAAAAAUCAGCAAUUAUCGAACCUCCUGUCGCAAAUCAUCUAGCGGCUUCACUUUAAUUAUUCAAUUUUUUUUUCGUAGAGUGGGAGAGUAUAUAUAAAAGAAAGCGACUGUGUUUACAAGCAAUGUGUAGUAAACUUUUACCAAGAGAUCGUGCGUGACUAUAUAUACUACCUGGAAUAAUUCUGAUGAUUGUGUCUUAACUUUGUGGAUUUUAUUAUUUUAAUAAAGACUCUUAAUUGCCAAAGGACCAAUUCCUAAUGAAGACCACUAUGACGUCAUCACUAAGAGUAGUGGUCCUAGGGGCAGAAAAGACGGGUAAAUCAGCUGUCACUGUGAGAUUUUUAACCAAAAGAUUUAUUGGAGAAUACAACUCAAAUAUAGAUCUUUUGUACAAGUCGUGCAUAAAGCAAGAAGACUAUCUGACAGACAUCGAAAUUCUAGACACCUGUAGCAAAAAGAGUAAUGGAACUUCGCCAUCAGCAGAAACACAGAUGAACUGGGCCGACGCGUUUGUGAUAGUUUACAGUAUUUGUGAUACGUGUUCAUUCGAAAGGGCGAAAUCUCUACUGGACACUAUCGGCAAAGUGCGUUCAAACUCUUACAUUCCCGUCCUUCUACUGGGCAACAAAACGGACCUCGAACACAGAAGAACUGUUGGCGUCGAGGAAGGCCACCAGGUGGCGCUAGAGUAUAACUGUCAGUAUUACGAAGUUUCCGCCGCGGAAAAUUACGUCACGAUCAACAUUGCAUUCCAGGCUUUGCUCAGAGACGCUAAAAUGAACCAGCAACAGAAAUCGAUGCUUAAGCGCAGGAGAACUUCUUUAGUAAAUGUUUCCAAGAAACUAGGUGCCAUGUUCAGUGGGAAAAAAGACUGUGCCGAGUUCGAUAAACGGCGGACCUCAAUGGAUGUCAAUUCGCCGCUCAAACUCACGUGAACAAGUGCUCUCGCGAAAAUGCGCGUGAGACACGAACAAGAACAUGUUAAAUCUAAAGAAGAGGUUUGCAAGAGAAAUGAAAACAAUCCAGCAUUAUCUGUGAACAGUCUGAAUCUUCAAAGAAUCAGAUUAUCAAAAAGGUGCUGUGAGAAUUGCAUUGUUAAGCAAAUUGUUAAUCGGGCGUGUUGCAAGAAAUUAAGAAAUUAGAAUAUAGUUGUCAGACUGUGCGUUUUAAUACACAAGUCUUUGAACACAAGACAGAGUUCCGGUAUGUGCCCCCUUAAUUUGAGAACGACGGCAUUUCCCUGUGAUGUUUUUAACGAGAUAAAUGAUCAAAUCAUUGCUCACUAAGAUGCCACUCUAUUAAAUCUGAAGACAGAGUUUAUAUUAUACCCAAGCAUCGAAUGCUUCUUGGUUUUGUUACAAUUGUUUCUUUAUUCAUGUUAUUUCGAUUAUCUUUGUAUAUCCAUUUCAAUAAAAAUGAAAUGUGCUUUCU